AUGUUUAUAAAUAUACAGGACGCACCUCUCAGAGCCUGGGCAGGAGACGGGCAGCUGGAAGGUUACCGCCAAGAGUAUCUGAAUGAAGACAUUAGGCUUGAAGGCCGCGGUCGCGCAGCAGACACCUGCUGUGACUGUAAGCGCGGACGUCCCCGAGUCUACCGCUGCGAGACUUGUUCCGGGCGUCAUAUGACCUGUAGAGAGUGCUGCUUAUCAGCGCAUUCAAACUUGCCUCUGCACUAUAUAUCUGAAUGGAAUGGAUCAUUCUUCCAGAGGGUUUCUCUAACUUUCCUUGGGCUAAGAGUUCAGCUGGGUCACGAGGACGGCUCACGAUGCGUGCUCCCUCACCCAGGUCAUCCGGAUUUCGUAGUGAUACAUGCCAACGGUCUCCAUCGAAUACAGAUCGACUAUUGUAGCUGCGACAGGAAGGUAUCCUAUCGACUGCAGCUUCUACGCUUUGGUUGGUACCCGUCUACUAUCGACAUCAUUCGUACGGCGUCAACAGAGGAGGCCCUUGGACAGUUUUCAGCUCUCACCUCCAAGACUAAGGUAUCCGCGUAUGGAUACUACGAAGCUCUGGAGGUUUUGACUGACUCAACAGGCUUGAAUGUUCCCAAGCGUCGAUACAAGGCUUUCCUUCGCACGGUCCGUCAGCGAGACCACAUCAAGCUGAUGAAAGAAGCGGGCCGUGGUAACGUGUUGGCUGGCGUUGAUACCACUAAGCCAGGAGAGCUCGCGGUUGCGUGCCCGGCCUGUCCUCAUCCCGGUAUCAAUCUUCCUUCCGGUUGGGAGGAAACCGACGCGUCUCGCAAGUUUUUAUAUUGUCUUUUCCUUGCGAUGGACGCCAAUUUUCGACUGAAGAAUCGCGACCGCGGGGAGUCUGCCACUGACGUUGAGCUCCACAACGGUCUAGCGUACUUCGUCAAAACGGGUCCAUAUAUGGAUUACAUUCAUCGUACCGAGGCCCAAAGAGACAUUUCGACAUGUUCGGGAUUUCGCUCGCUCUCCAGCGCCGAGACAAAAUUCUCCCACGGACUUCGAGCAACGGGCGUAGGGAUGGUCAUAUGCGCUCGCCACGAGUUAAUCCGUGCGUUAGGGGUCGGUGAUUUACAGGCUGGCGAGCGAUACCCUAAUAUGGACUACAUCUUUUUCUCGACAAUGGCAAUUGUCUUCCUCCUCCUUGUCGUAAUAUCAUACGACAUCGCCUGUCAAUGGAGGAUCAAUCUAUUCAAGCGAAUGGACUCACUACCUCUCGAUAUGCAGAUGUCCGUAAUGACGCUUGCCGACAUCCUUAUGUUUGGUAUACCCAAGUUCCAUGGGCCGGGUCACAACGAAAAGUGCGCUACGCAAUAUUCUCUUAACCUUAUGUGGGGUGCAGGGCGCACAGAUGGAGAGGGAAUCGAACGACGGUGGGGGGACCUGGGCAGAGCGAGCACGAUGACAAAGGAGAUGUCACCAGGCGCUCGACAUGAUACGCUCGACAUGCUUUUUUCUUUGCAUAAUCUAUCGAAGUACUACAUGCUGGGUGUAUCUCUCCGAGCACGCCUGAUCGUGGCGCUUGAUCAUCGGGCAUUCCAGCGGAAAGCGCUCGCCGCCUUCAGCGCCUCUAUCACUUCAGAAAAUCGACAAGUCUGGACUGAUAUGGCAUCGGCUUGGGAAAAGAACAAGGAGCAGCCAAACCCAUACUUAUACGCUCACAAGGGUAUUUCCGAGUCUGAAGUUCGUGCGAGGCUCGCUCAGAAAGAGAAAAACAUACAAGUACACCCUCACGAUAUGCCGCCCAGCGUGGUUAUAAAGCAGGCUUUAAUUCUUGAAGAUAAGCAGCGCCGCCUACGCGAAGACCUGUCGCGGCUCAAAGACCUGACGGCGGAUGAGAGGUCACAUGUCGAUGCACGUCGCAGGGGUAUCGGCCGCGACAUCUCGAAGCUUCGAGAUGUCCAAAAAGUUUAUAUGCCUGGCCUAGACGUCCUCGUCAGGUCCAAAGGCGGCGCCGAUCUUGAGCGCGAGCCCGAAAGAACCAGCCUGUUCUUACCCUCAGCGUUAGACAAUGAAGAACGAAAGAUUUGUACUCACGAUUUUGCGGAGACAGAGACCGACCUUCGCAUUGUUCAAUGCCACGCGACCCUCGACAGACUGCGCGCCUUGCUGCAGACAAGAUAUCAUUUCACUUCUCAUCGGAAUAUUAACACUCGAGGGCAACGGCCAUCAACUCGAGUACGUACCUUGAUCCAAGAAUACACGCGCAAAAUCGAGGCGUCAAAGUCGAAAUACAAUGAGGGGUUCGACGCCUUGUUGGUGCUCGAUAAAGGGGGGAGUUGGCAAGACAGGCUCCGAAAACUCACCCAGGGCGAUCUGCGAGCACUACAAGAGCCAUUGAUCGAGCCGACGACGCCUAGGCGAAGGGCAAACGACCUGCAAAGAGGAUUAGGGGAGGGCUAUCGGACGGUGUCGUGGAUAUGGACAGGCCGAACAAAUACCGGUGAUGAUGAUGAAGGUAUGAAGAACUCACAUCUUCGCGUCGAGUGGUUGAAAGCGCGCGCGCGCACGAGCCGAUGGGAAGAGGAGGUCGACUUAUUGAAGGAAGAGAUGCGUCGUGUACGCGCGUUCCUGGAGCACAAGGCGAGAUGGUGGGAGAGCCGCGCGCGCCAAACGAUGGCGGAGGGCGUACGAGCUCACGCUCUCCGUCAAGCCCAUCUGCAGCGCAGCUUGAGGGCGCACUUUACAGAUCUGUGGGAGAAGAAGUGGUCAGUGGAGGAAGCCGUACCUUCGCUAGCCCUCGGUGGGCACCCAGAUCUUGAUUCGGGCGCUGAAGACGACGAUGAAGGCGAGGAGGCAAGGGACGACGACGCUGGGGGCGACGUUUGGGACGGGGAGCCGAUAGCUGAAGGGCCGGAAGCAGCCGGUAACACAUAA